ACUGCACGCGCAGGCAGGCAGGCAGACCGAGAGGAACGCGCUCGCGCACAGCACACCGUUCAGUAGGAUUAAUGACAUAUCAGUCACAGAACAGCGGGUAUAAGGAGCUUCAGUACCGCCACAUUACACCAGAGUGACAACAGCAGAGCACGUUAACAUUCGGUAAUCUGUGCUCGCGCACAACAACCUCUCAGCUUAUUUACUAACUUCAUUAUUGUUUAUUUCCGGGGUUACUGCUUAUUAACGCGCGAGGAUGAACGUGUUCCGUCUGGCUGGUGACGUGUCGCAUCUGCUCGCCAUCAUCAUCCUCUUCAUGAAGAUCUGGAGGUCCAAAUCAUGCGCAGGUAUCUCAGGGAAGUCCCAGAUGCUCUUUGCAUUGGUCUUCACCACUAGAUAUCUGGACCUUUUCACUGUAUUCAUCUCCCUGUACAACACCAUCAUGAAGGUAGUGUUCCUGGCCCUGGCCUAUGCAACACUGUACCUGAUCUACAUGCGCUUCAGGAACUCCUAUGAUAGUGAGAACGACUCGUUCCGUGUGGAAUUUUUAUUAGUUCCUGUUGCUGGGCUCUCCUUCCUUGAGAACUAUGCCUUCACCCCACUGGAGAUCCUGUGGACGUUCUCCAUCUACCUGGAGUCGGUGGCCAUCCUACCACAGCUCUUCAUGAUCACUAAGACGGGCGAGGCCGAGUCCAUCACCACACAUUACCUGUUCUUUUUAGGACUGUACCGUGUCCUGUAUCUGGCUAACUGGGUGUGGCGCUACCACACAGAGGGCUUCUUCGACCAGAUCGCCGUCGUCUCUGGAGUUGUGCAGACCAUCUUCUACUGCGACUUCUUCUACCUGUACUUCACCCGAGUGAUAAGAGGAAGUGGGAAGAUGUCUCUGCCAAUGCCAGUGUGAUGAUGCGUCUUGGCUCCGCCCCUUAUGUGUUUUACGCUCCACCAACUUCAACUCAUUUUGCAUUUUAAAGGAACAUUUUUAUAGUAACUAUAAAUCCAGCCCUAAAGGAUCAGACACCAAGUUUGAGGAAAAACAGAAAUGUGCCUUAAUGUACAGACUUAAGUCUUUUUUAAAUAUCUAUAAAUGCCUUAUUUUUACUCCUUAAGAAAAGCACACAUGCAUAUGUCUUCCUCCAGUGUGUGUGUGUGUGUGUGUGUGUGUGUGUGUGUGUGUGUGUGUGUGUGUGUGUGUGUGUGUGAGUGAGUGUGUGUGUGAGUGAGUGUGUGUGUGAGUGAGUGUGUGUGUGUGUGAGUGAGUGUGUGUGUGUGUGAGUGAGUGUGUGUGAGAGUGCGAGUGUGUGAGAGUGCGAGUGUGUGAGUGAGUGUGUGAGAGUGAGUGUGUGAGAGUGUGUGUGAGAGUGUAUGUGUGUGUGUGUGAGUGUGUGAGUGUGAGUGUGUGUGAGAGUGUGUGUGUGUGAGAGUGUGUGUGUGAGAGUGUGUGUGUGAGAGUGUGUGUGUGUGUGAGAGUGUGUGUGUGAGAGUGUGUGUGUGAGAGUGUGUGUGUGAGUGUGUGAGUGUGUGAGUGUGUGUGUGUGAGAGUGUGUGUGUGUGAGAGUGUGUGUGUGUGAGAGUGUGUGUCUGUGAGAGUGUGUGUCUGUGAGUGUGUGUCUGUGAGAGUGUGUGUCUGUGAGUGUGUGUCUGUGAGUGUGUGUCUGUGAGUGUGUGUCUGUGAGUGUGUGUCUGUGAGUGUGAGUGUGUGUGUGUGAGUGUGUGUGUGUGAGUGUGUGUGUGUGAGUGUGUGUGUGAGAGUGUGUGUGUGAGAGUGUGUGUGUGAGAGUGUGUGUGUGAGAGUGUGUGUGUGAGAGUGUGUGUGUGAGAGUGUGUGUGUGAGAGUGUGUGUGUGAGAGUGUGUGUGUGAGAGUGUGUGUGUGAGAGUGUGUGUGUGAGAGUGCGUGUGUGAGAGUGCGUGUGAGAGUGUGCGUGUGAGAGUGUGCGUGUGAGAGUGUGCGUGUGAGAGAGAGAGAGAGAGAGAUCUGUACUUGACUUGUUGAUGGUUAUUAAUUGUUGGUUCCAAGAGGAAAUAAAGGUGUUUUUCAUAUAUA